CAAAAUCAUACUGUCAAAUGGUUUGGAUAGUGAGUGGUUCGAUGAGGAGGCAUUGCAAGUUCCUGUUAAAAAAUAUUAUGGUAUUGCCCGAAUUAAUAUUAUCGAAGCUAAAGAUCUCAUGCCUACCGACUUUUGGUUUGGUGGUGGUGAUCCUGAUUCUUAUGUAAAAAUUACCAGUGUUUUCAAUGGAGUGGAAUAUGUUAAAACCCGUGUUGUUUAUAAAUCAAUCAAACCAGAAUGGCAACAAGUGAUUUACAUUCCAAUUAAUGAUCUUGAUGAUCAAUUCAAGUUGCAAGUUUAUGAUUAUAGUGCUUUCUUCAAACAUAAACUUUUGGGAUAUUGUUUUCUCGAUCUCAAGGAUUUUAUGCAAGUUCGUAAAAGGACCAUUAAAGGAAAGCAUUUAGAUCUUGAGUGCAAUUUGACAUUAAAAGGAUCUAUUAGAGGAAAGCUUCAUUUUACUGCCGAUUUUAUUUCCUUUUCCGAAUUGGAAUCCGAACCUACAACUCCUAUUUCUAAAGAAACCAUCACCCUCAAACAUUUGUAUCUUUUGAUUACUUAUCAACGUCAAGAUGGUUGUUUUGAAUUAACUGACAAUGUAGCAAGCUUGUUUAACUUUUCUUCCAAAGAUGAGCUGAUGAAAUCAUUUGCCGCUUAUGUACAGAAUGAAGAUAGAGUAAAAGGACUUCAUGCUGAUGUUUGGAUUUCGGCAGUAGUUACAGCAUUCCUUAAAGCUUUAUUAUGGGAUCAUCGACGAGAGUGGAAUACAGUUUACGCAAAAACUGAAACUUACCUGAGCGAAAAUGUCACCAAUAUUGAAACUGAAGAGCGAUUAUACAAUUUGGCCAAUAAAUUUGUCAUUGAACACUUUAAAAUCUCUGAAUGGGAGAUUGAAGAGCAAAAAAAGAGUCUCGGUGUCAGUGCCUCAUCAAAGAAAUCGAUGAUCACUCGUCGUACUGUUACCAUACGUCACGUACGUCGUUUGCUUGGCUAUCAAAAUGACUCGGGCUAUUUCGAACUUCACGAUCAUUUGUCCGAAUCCCUUGGAUUCAGUUCAGCCGAAGAGGCGAAGAAACAUUUCAAAACACAUUUUGCUAUUUAUUCAAAAGCUUCAAAACUCGAUGCAAACGUAUAUAGUUCAGCUGUAAUGAUUUGGUACUUGAGAUACGUGUUUGUUGAAUACCGAGGCGAAUGGGUUGACAAAUAUAAAAAAACUGCUAUUUGGGUUAGUGAACAAGUGAAUGAUGAGCAAGUCGAAAAAGAAGUCCUUGAUGCUGCAAGGAGUUUCAUCAUGAAAAGGUUCGAAGUUGACGCGGAGACUUUGCAAGAGGAUGAAACAUUCAAGGAUUCCUUUACGACCCUCAAACAAACAAAAGAAACGAAGAAAACCGAAAAGUUGGCAACCAUAUCAGCAAUUCAAUCAUCGAUCACCGUAGAAACAGCCCAAUGCGUCAUUUCAUCUAAUAACGAAGAAAAGAAAAUCGAGAAAGCUUCAGCGCUUGUAAACCUCCAAUCAAAGACGACCGCUGAUAUCGUCAAAGAUGAUGUUUCAGCUCAAAACACCGACAGUUCUAUCAAAUUAACCAAAGUCGUGUCCGACAUUGACGUUGCCUCGGAAUAUUUAUCGGAAACUGGAUCUCAACAAGUCAAAGAACAGCAAGAAACAGCCAAAGAGUAUUUAAGUCAGCAAAUUAACGAUGAAAAAUUAGAGGAAGAAUUAAUCACUGCAUCAACGGAAGUUGUAGUUGAGAAGAGUACCCAAAAAGUAAUUACCGAAGAAAAGAAAGCAGCCGUCACCGCUAAUAAAGGUUGCUCUUGUUCGAAAACCGUUAAAGUGGUAAAAGAUCAAGCCGAUAAAAUCAAAGAAAAUUCAGAGAAAGCCAAACAGUACCUUAUUGAAGAACUUAAAGAUGAAAAGUUAGUCACUUCGGAUAAGAUUAUCAUUGAACAAAGU